AACAAUUGAUAUUUUAAAUUAGAAUGAGUAAAUAAAAAUUUUCUGCGAUAAUCUAUGAAUAAUUUUUACUAACAUACAUCAUAUGUAAACGUGUCAAUUAAAUUUGAUUAAAACAAGUGUAAUAUUAAAUGUUGAUACAGAGCUCCGCGACCCGUGUCACCUUUAUCAGCCGUCGCCCGACUAUGAGUAUACGGUAGUUUGACUGACUAACACCGCGUAUACGCCAUACUUUGUGCCAUACGCCACGGCACAAAGUCCAGCAAGUACCGUACGUCCGUCUACGACCCUCAACAAAUAUUCGUUGAGCGAGUGAUCUUCAUGACACGGCCGGAAACGGACCGCAGACAUCACGUCAAGAAACACUUCCGCCUCAGUGUCGCUUCUGUUUUAUAUUUUUCGUGAACCACUAAUUGUAAUUACCUCUGUUAAAUGAUGUAAUUAUUAAACUAUUCUUGUGACAAUCGUGGAUCAAAAAUAAACGGCUUACGCCAACUAUUUUUUCUUAUAACUGUGUCGACUACUUGUUCGUUAAACGAUCUAAGGCGUGUCAAAGGAUUAAACCGGAUUUACGUGACUAAGAAAAAUUGGGUUUGCAAUACAAUACUAUUCAACGAAUUGUCAAAAGUAAUAAAUUUCACUCUUAUAAAUUCACUCCUGUAUAAAAGUUAAGGACUAGUGAUUUUGACCGUCCAUUACAUUAUGCCACAUUAAUGACAAUGACAAUUGAUGAAAAUCCUGCUUUUUUGUCAAAACUGCUUUGGACUGAUGAGGCUCGCUUCCAUAAUAAUUGCACUGUGAACAGCCAUAAUCGGCAUUAUUGGAACGAUGUUCAUCCCCAUAUUCACAGUAAAGUACAGUACAGAUAACAUAUAGUUCGUAGAACUUUUUAGUUUGUUACAUAAUUUAUUUUUUGAAUUGCUUUCAUUAUUUUUUACGAUGCCUAACAUGAAUAAAGUUGAUACUCCAGUUAAAAAAAGUGUUAAUUCAAGUUUACUACAUGUUGAAUAUAAUUUAUCUGACGUUAUGAAAAAACUCAAAUCAAUGAAUUCGUCUCAAGAUAUCCAAAACAAAGUGUUAAAUGAAAAGCUAAUUAAUUAUGAGGCUAAACUUAGCAAUCUUAAUUCUUCGUUAGAAGGUAUGAUAAAAUCUUUAAACAUGUUAUGGGAAGAAAACAAAGCCUUAAAAAUUGAUAUAAACUUAUUACGUGAAAAAAUUUCAUUGUUAGAAUCGACGAAUAGUCCGAUUUUUAAUCCGAUAUCUUCCGAGGAAAUAAUUACCGAGGCUCAAAAUAGGGUUUUAAAACAAAAAAAUGUAAUUUUUUAUAAUAUUAUUGAAACGCCUAAUGAAACUUUAGAAUCCUCUUGUAAAAUCGUUAGUGAUUUAAUAAAAGAUAUUUCUUUGGAUUUAAAAGUAAAUAGCGUAAAACGUCUGGGCAAACCCCAUUAUAACAGAAUUAGACCAAUACUUGUCGAAUGCGAUUCUAUAGCUAACGUUUCUAAGCUAUUAAAAAAUAAAUCUAAACUUCGAGCAAUUAAAAAAUGGAAAAAAGUUUAUGUCAAUGCUGAUUUAACUUACAAUCAAAGAAUUCAUGUAAGGAAUCUGAAAGAUGAACUUAACCGUAAACGUUUAGCAGGCGAAGCAAAUUUGAUUAUAAAAUUUGUCAAAGGUGUACCUACUAUAUGUCCAAAGAACUAAUUAAUCCUUUUUAUAAUUCUGUAAGUUAUAAUGAUCAA